AUGGCCCCUAAACGCAAAAUGUCCAACUCGAAUGGCGGCAGCCCACCGAAUAAUGCCCGUGAGAGCAAAAAGGGGAAGCCCGACGAUCUACAGGAACCCCAUCCUAACGCGAAGCAAACUGAGGAGUUUGGCAUCGUCUUGCGCGACUUCUAUCCCCCGGAAAUGAGCAAUGGACGAUGCAAAGCCUACAACGAUGGUACCAUUGAGCGACCUAUCGACGCACUGGAAAAGGCAUGCAAAGAAACGGCCGACAAGCGCCGCGUCAUGACGCCCGGCAAGGCGGCCGUGCAUUGGUUCAAGACCGAUUUACGUCUCCAGGAUAAUCGGGCGCUCAGCAGAGCUUUUCAAAUUGCCAAAGAUAACCAGAUCCCUCUGAUUGGAGUGUAUAUUGUGUCGCCGGAAGACAUUUCGGCCCACCUGACCAGUCCUGCUCGGGUGGACUUUACAUUACGAACGUUGAAACAACUCCAGCGAGACUUGGGCGAGUUGGACAUUCCGCUGUACAUGGAGACCCAGGAGAAGAGGAAGAAUAUUCCCAAUCGCAUUGUGGAGCUAUGUCAGAAGUGGGAGGCGAAGCAUCUGUGUGCGAAUCUCGAGUAUGAAGUGGAUGAGCUGCGGCGAGAUGCCAAGGUCGUCCGUCUCUGUGGCGACAACGAUAUUGACUUCACCCCAUCGCACGAUACCUGCGUCGUCACGCCCGGUAUGUUGAGCACUGGUGCAGGCAAGCAGUAUGCGGUCUACACACCGUGGUUCCGCUCGUGGUUAUGCUUCCUCAAGGAGAACCCAGAUUAUCUGGAGCUGUCUGAAGACCCCGGCACCAACCCGGGAAAUGCUAGAAAGCAAUUUGCCGACCUUUUCGACUGCACGAUCCCGGCCACACCAAGCAAUAAAACCCUGUCCGAUGUGGAAAGGAGACGAUUCGAGAAGCUUUAUCCGGCGGGCGAGCAUGAAGCUACUCGCCGUCUGGAGAAGUUUCUGAAAGAGAAGUGCGGUGACUACGACACCAAUCGAAACAUGCUCCCCGGACAGACCACCUCCGUUCUAAGCCCCUAUUUCGCAUCCGGGGCGUUGAGUGCUCGUACGGCCGUGGUGACGGCGAAGCGGGCCAACAAAAACCACUUGGACCGGUACGACCAGGGCCACAUGGCAUGGAUCAGCGAGGUGGCAUGGCGCGACUUUUACCGGCAUGUACUUGUGCAUUGGCCGUUUAUCUGUAUGAACAAGUGCUUCAAGCCCGAAGCCACCAAUAUCGAGUGGGAGUAUGAUGUGGAUCAGUUCCAGGCUUGGUGCGAUGGUAAGACCGGAUUCCCGAUUGUCGAUGCUGCUAUGCGACAACUGAAGCACUGUGCUUGGAUGCAUAAUCGCACACGCAUGGUUGUCUCAUCGUUCCUAUCCAAGGACUUGAUGAUUGACUGGCGCCGAGGCGAGCGGUUCUUCAUGGAGCAUCUAAUUGACGGCGACUUUGCGUCCAACCAUGGCGGGUGGGGAUUCGGAUCCAGCACCGGCGUGGACCCUCAGCCGUACUUCCGCAUCUUCAACCCGCUGCGGCAGAGUGAGCGAUUCGAUUUUGAUGGAGAGUAUAUUCGCACAUGGGUGCCGGAGCUGCGGGAUAUCAAAGGCAACGCCAUCCACGAACCCUACGGUCGGGGAGGCGGGGCGAUCGCGCAGAAGAAUGGGUACCCCAAGCCGAUUGUGGAGCAUGCGGCGAGUCGGGAUCGGGCUCUGGCUCGGUAUAAGAGUGCGCUUCAAGGGUGA